GUAGUAGUAAGAUUUAAAAAAAUGAGUCAAUUUUCUAAGCAAAAAAAGGCUAGAAUUCUUCAUUAUUAGAUACACAGUAUCAACAUAAUCGAUCUAGCAGCAUUAUAUUUGAGCUGAAAAUACACUUAAAUUUGAGGCCGUACAGUACCUCGUGUGAGUGAAACAUCUUUCAUAUAGUUCUAAGAUGAAAUUACCCUUGAAUGAAUAGCAUCUUCAUUUAUCUUCAAACCUCUUCUGUGCUUUUAGUGGAUCUACUCUUUCAACAUUCUACAACAAGAAUUGCAUUACACCAUUAUACCAGAGUACUUCUGCAGUGUGAAAUAGAUUGGUUUGGAAAAUGAACUUGGCUUUGCUAUAAAUUACAUUCACAGGCCUUUUUGCAAAUGUGUAAUCUGCCCAUCAAAGUGGUUUGCAGGGCAAAUGCAGAAUAUAUGUCUCCAUCUGGUAAAGUGCCUUUUAUUCAUGUGGGAAAUCAAGUAGUUUCAGAACUUGGUCCAAUAGUCCAAUUCGUUAAAGCAAAGGGCCAUUCUCUUAGUGAUGGGCUGGAUGAAGUUCAGAAAGCAGAAAUGAAAGCUUAUAUGGAGUUAGUCAACAACAUGCUGCUGACUGCAGAGUUGUAUCUUCAGUGGUGUGAUGAAGCUACAGUCGGGGAGAUCACCCAUGCCAGAUAUGGAUCUCCUUACCCCUGGCCCUUGAAUCAUAUUCUGGCCUAUCAGAAACAAUGGGAAAUCAAACGCAAAAUGAAAGCCAUAGGAUGGGGUAACAAGACUCUGGACCAGGUCUUAGAAGACGUAGACCAAUGCUGUCAAGCUCUUUCUCAAAGACUGGGAACACAGCCAUAUUUCUUCAAUAAGCAGCCUACUGAACUUGAUGCACUAGUAUUUGGCCAUUUGUAUACUAUUCUUACUACCCAGUUGACCAAUGAUGAACUUUCUGAGAAGGUGAAAAACUAUAGUAACCUCCUUGCUUUCUGCAGAAGAAUUGAGCAGCACUACUUUGAAGAGCGUGGUAAAGGCAGGUUGUCUUAGAGUUCUAUGUUAAUUUAGUUUAUGAUCCCCCAAAAUCAAAGUUUUGAAAAAUGUGUUACUUGAAUGUUCCAAUGUAUAUUGGUAUCAAAAUUUUAAAACCAAAAACAUUGUGUUUCAAAACCUCAAAACAAAUUAUAUAAUAUAUCCUAAACAUGUGCUUUUUACUGUUACUUGUAUACACAUUAAAAUAAUUCUGAAUUGUUUUAUUUGAUAAUGUUGUACUGAGUACCUGGAAAUUUUUGUUUCUUUGAAAUGUGUGCAUUUAAAAUAAAGUUUAAGUAACUAUUGAUGUCAUAUUUCCUUCCUUUUGAUUUUUCUGAUAGCUACUUUUUGUAAGUGUGAAAUAAACACUCUUUUGUAAGGCAAGUAAGGUGUGCUACAUACUGUGAGAUACUUUACUUAGACACAUCGCAUGCCUGAUGAUGGGAAUAUGUUCUUAACACAUGUAUGCUUAGAAAUGUGGAUGAUUUUAAAAGCUGGCACAGCUUUAACAUUUAAAGCUGUGUACUCUUCAUAUCUAAAUUUAAUUAAGAAUAUACUUGAUUAGACAGGAAUUUUUCUUUCAGCGUUAAUUAUUCGUUUAUUUGAAAGGUAGAAUGACAAAAAGACAGAGAAAUAUAUCUUCCAUCUGCUGUUUCACUCCCCAGAUGUUGCAGUGGCUGGGAGCAGUGUAGUCCUGGAACUCCAUCUGGGUCUCCAUAUGGGUGGCAGGGGCCCAAGCACUUGGAUCAUCCUCUGCUGCUUUCCCAGGGACGUUAGCAAGGAGCUGUGUUGGAAGCAGAGCAUUCAGGAAAUUGAACAGGCAAUCCAAUAGGUGAUGCCGUGUUGUGAGUGAUGGCCUAAUACUGCAUCACAAUAAUAAUGCCAAAUAGGAGUAUUUUAAUAAUACAUUUUAAUUUCUUUUGUAGAGGAGGUAAGGUAAUUUUUUAGAAGUAUUGCCAAAAAUUUAAUUGUAAAUACUAAAAACACUAAAUGUAACUUUUCUAAUAUGCUAUGUCUUAAAAAAAUCAAUGAUGCUAUAGAAAUAGGUAUGAAACAUCAUUUCUUAUUUCAUCCUCUCCAUUCUGUAUGUCUUUUAUUGUCUUGUUUUGUAUUGCUUUACUGAAGUUCCAAUGCAGUGAUGAACAGAAGUGGUAGAAGUGGACGGACUGGCUUGCCUUGUUCAUGAUUGUAGGCAUAAAUAUUCUCUCUUUGACCAGUAGUAUGUUUUUGUAUCCUUUAUCAGAUUCAGGAAGUUCUUUUUUAUUCCUGCUUUGUUGGGAAUUUUUAAGGUCAUGAACAGUUGUAGACUUUAUCAAAGGCUUUUUGUACACUUGUUGAAA